AUGGAGGUCAUUAUCCCGGACCUCGACGAUGACGAGCUCUUUGCCCCGCCCCCUCGCAUCCAUUCGCCUGCAGCCUCGGCCAGCGGCUCUUCGGCCAUCGACAGCGGCAAGACGUCGCUCGAGGAGAACAGCUCUCCCUAUGCCACCGUAUCCGAUGCCCGAAACACGCCCAGGGGCUUUGAUCCAGCAUCGGCACCCGGAUCAGGAGCGGGCUCCAGGACGCCCGGCAACCUAUUCAUACCGACACGGGCCGGGACUGCUGCCGGCCCGUUUCGCGGAGCGGCCCUCGGCUGGCAUGGUAGGUCCGGCAGCGCCACGAGCGACUCGUCGGCGGGCGGCGCCUCCUUCCAGUUCCCCACGGGCGGCAAUGCUGGCACACCAUCGCAGCACCGCUACGAAGGGAGUCCGGGCGGCUACUUUGCCCCCUCACCCUCGCAACAGCAGAAUACCGGCUUCUCCUUUCCCGUCAAGAAGACCUCCUUCGCCUCUCUCAAGGCGGCGAUCAAGGGCCAGAGCCAGGGCAACAGCGGCCUCGGCAGGGACAGAGACGCGGCUGACGCCUGGCCGCGGACGCCAAAGGAUCCGGCGAGAUCCUACGCACCCGCCUCGGAUGCCGGCGAGAGUACGGCGGGGAGGCGCACCGCCUACCCAACGCCCAAGCCCGGCACGGCGGGCUCGACCGCCGGCGCCUAUCCGUUCGGCCAGGCCUUUUCAGAGCAGUCGCCCUCGACGUCGUCUGCGAACCACGCCAGGCGUGAGAGCCAGCUCUCCGGCCACUCGCGAACGCACGUCAGCGGUGGGGCCGGCAGCUUCAGCGCCACUGGCGGGAAUGCCGCGCGUGCCUCGCGCUACUAUCAUGCGCAGCAGAGCUCCUACUACUCGGACUCUCACCACAGCCACGGCGCAGCCAGCAGCUCGGCCAGCAGCCUGAUGCAGCCCUUCACGCAGGCUGGCGUGGAGCUCCCGCCGAUGCCGCCGCUGCCGUUUGCGGGAUACAACUACGGCGCGGCUCCCAGCACGCCAGGCACGGAGCCCAUCGAUCCGGGCUUCCUCGACGCCCGGGCGAUGGCGAGCAACACGUCUCUUGAGCACUCGGAGACGGGUAGCCCGUACAAGGGAGCCUCGGCCAGUCUGCGCGACGACAGGCGAUGGAUGGGCCCGGACGAGGGCGACGAGGCCUCCAGUGUGGACUUCGGACAUCCUCAUCCCGAGCCGAGGGGUCCUUCGGCAGGAGAAUCCGCCGCUUACGGCGGCGCUUCCUCGAUGAGGGCUGCACGCGCGCACCCGCUCGGCGGCAGCCCGCUCGUGGGCAGUCUGGGCGCCGAGGGCCUCGGGUAUCUGCCUCGGGGCAUCGGCUCAGACGACCCGAUGGCGCCAUCUGAGUACGCGCUCAACAUCCUGAUGAGCCGGUUCAUUACCCUGACUGGCCUGAAGAUCCAGGCGGCGCUCGACUUCCAUGGCGACGCCGAUCCGGAGCGUAUGAGCGCGCUCGGCCCGCAGGUCGACGAGAGCCUCGAGUCGCUGUACGGCUCGCUGUCGCACGUCGCGCGACGGAAUCCGUGGCCCGUGAUCGAGAGCCUGAUCAAUUGGAAGCAGCUCAAUGUCGAGAGCCAGGUCGACGCAUCCGCGGUGCGCCGCCACCUGGCCGAGUCGCGGCAGCUGCAGGCCGCCGAUACGAGCAUCAAGGACGUCGCGGCACUGCUCACGCGUAAGAAGGAGCUCGCCAUCCUCUACCUGCUGUCCAAAUCAAUGAUCGCCAUUGCCCGCGAUGUCGGUCGCAACGCGCUCAACGAGGCCCAGGCCGGGUGCUGGGAGGACUGCGUCUUCAACAUGCUCCUCCGCUGCUCGCGAGAGAGCGAUCGCGAGAGGAUGCUGCCGCGCUCGAUCUCAACAAUGCGCCACUGCUGCUUUGAAAAGGUCUCGAUGCUGAUUGGAGAGAUCUCCAGAGUAAGGUUCCUGCCGAUAAGCGAGCACUUCGUCUCGAUCCUCGAGUCUUCGAAGGAGGCGCCAGCGGGCAAGAACGUGGAGGAAAUGCUCGUGGCCGCGAUCCAGAGCAUGGGCCACCUCAACAUCACUGUCUAUCCGAUGGAGCUCUUCGAGGAAGGCGCAGAGUUUGUCGAGAUCCUCUCGCGACACUUUGCCAAUGCCCACGGCACGCGGAUCAAGACGGCGUACGCCGAGUCGUUUGUGCGCCUGCUGCUUCCGGUGGCGCGUUCGGCCACGGCCGAGAUCAACCAUCCCACCUGGAUCAAGGGCGUCGAUAACAUCUGGCCGCGGGCGCUCUCGAUGACGGCCAAGCCCCGCUACUGGUCCGCCGCCUACCCGCUGACGGUGGCGCUGCUGGCCGUCUCGCCGGCAGAAAAGUUCUUGGCGAGCUGGUACACGUGCAUCGAGAUGGGCGCCGCCAAGCUCAAGGAUCGCGUCAACCGGACCACUGUCCUCAACGCCGCCCUCCGGCUGCUGUGGGUCUACCUCUUCCGCUGCCACGAGAGCAGCUCUACCACCACCAAGCGGCUGGAGGCCUUCUUCAAGAUCUGGUUCCCGCCGAACCGCAAGGCCGUCAACCCGUCAGACUGCUCGCUCGAGCCGCUGAUCGCCAUGGUCCACCUCGUGCUCCACCGCCACUUUGACUUUGGCAAGGAGCUGGUCCUCGGCUUCCUCUGCCAUUCGGAGCUCGGCGGCUCGACGCUGUCGCUCCAGCCAGAUAUCCUAUCGGGCCGGCGCAUGACGGUGGCCAUACGCGCCGUGCUUCUCACGCUCCACAGCUACGUCCGCGAGGAAAGCCCGGCGUUCCCGGACGGCGCCGACUUUUCGCGCUACCAGUUCGAUACUCUGCCCGAGGGCUGCGGCGACGAGCUGCCUGAAGGCUUCUCCUUCCCGCGGCCGGAGCUGGCCGAGACCCAGUCCACCUUCAACGACCUGAUCGGCAAAAUCGCCCUCAUCUGCGACCACCAAGUGAGCGACAUGACGGUCUUUGAUGAGCGGAUCGCGAUCUUCCGUAGCUCGGGUGGGAGCAGCCUGGCGGCGUCGGCGGACCGUGCUGUGCUGGAGCGCGACGGCUUCAUCUGCAAGACCCAUCCGGCGGCCAAGCUCACGGCCGCCUAUCCGCGCGAGCACCAGUCCCACUGCGACCUGCUCAAGGCCUGCUUUGCUUCGUGGCCGCGCUGCCUCAGCUCCAACAUCGCCUUUUCGAGCAUCCUGGGCAUCCUCUUCCGCGCCCACUGGAGCGCCGAGCCGGAGCUGGCCGAAGCCUCGGCCUCGGCGUUGCGCCGGAUCGCCCGUCAGCGCCGCGGCGGAUCGACUGCCGUCGUCUCUGGCUUUAUGCGCUGGAUCUUCCGGCAAGAGUCUGGCUUCUGGGAGAUCCACCCGAAGCAGUCCCUGCUGCUGCCCAAGGUCGAGCACGCGAUCAGGCUCUGGAUCGACUUCCUCAACAUCUGGCUGGCCGAGCUCGAGGCGCAGAACUCGGCAGCAGCCUCGGGCGCUCCGGGGGCCAAGGGCCUCGAGAUGGAAAAGACGAGCGCGUGGGCCAUCAUCGACGAGGUCGAGGCGUACGGCCUCUUCUUGCUCUGCUCGGCGGCGCGGUCGCUGCGCAAGCAUGCGGUCGAGGUUUUGCGGCUGGUCUCGGUCCUCGACCACGCCUUUCUCUCGCCUUCACGGCGAGCCGCUCUCGAGGCUGCACGGGCCGCCGGCGAGGACGCAGACGAGGAGCCCAGUCGCGUCGUCGAUCUCCUCGACCUCUCGCACCGCCUAUUUGUCGACGAUGAGGCCAACUCUCGCGGCUCGGCGCCAUCGCCAGGCCCGCAACCCGCCUCGUGGAAGCCUGCGCCGUUGGGCGAAUCGCUCAAAGCCCUCGCGCAGAGCGACAAGGCAGCCGAUCAGCACCUCUGGCAGAGGGCCUUCCCCACGCUGCUGAGGAUGUGCCUCGAUCGCUUCCCGACGACGAUCGCCGUCUUCCGCUCCUACAUCACCCGGAGAACUCUGGGCAUGGACCACGUCAUCCUGGUGGCCGCCAACAUCGUCUCCCGGCCCCAGGUCGGCACCGUCAGCGGCCACACUUUGGGAAAGUCACAGUCGUCGCUGGCGCACAUGACGGCGUCCACGAUGCUGGCAUCGUCGUCGUCAAACUCCUCGGCAUUGGCAGGCCCGACAUCGGCCGGCGCCCUGGCUACGGACCACGAUGUGGGUCACGACCAGGCGCUCAUGGCAGAGCACUGGCGGUGCUACAUCCUCGCGCUUUGUACGACGACGACCUCGACGGAGGGGUCCCGCGGCGCCGUCGUCGGGAGCCACCGUCGCAAGUCGAGCGAUGCCGAGGCCGGCGAGCGCGUCAUCGCGGCCAAGGACCUCUUCCAGAAGAUGGUGCCCUUCCUCGCCUCGAGCCAGGCCAGGUUCCGCGACGCCGUCGUCGCUGCGCUCGGCAACAUCAACGACGCCCUCUUCGGCACGCUGCUCGACACGAUGCAGUCGGUCAGCAGCACGCUGACCGACGACUUCAAGGUGCGCUCGGUCGCCCGCAGCGGGCUGAAGCGCAACCGCCGCCUCGAUCGCCUGCGCACCGCGCUGGCUCAGGUGCUGCAGCUCAACUCGCACCACCUCCGCGAGGACAGCAACAUCCGCGACGCCAAGAUCGUCAACACGGUCCAGACCUGGAUCCGCGAGACGUUCAGCUUCCUCAACGACCGCGAGAUCCGCCAGGACUGGGAGUUCCACGUGCUGCGGCGCGCCUUCUGCGGCGUCGCCGAGGAGUUCUUCGAUGCCCUCACGCUGCUCGGCGACGCCGAGAAGUACUUUCCACCGGACGUCCGCCUCCGCAUGUUCCGCUCCUUUCGCGACUGGCACUCGUACAGCAACACGAGCGAAGAGGGGCCUGCCAAGCUGGCCAACAUGCUGGCCGCUGCCGCCGACCAGCACCGCGACGACAAGGCCAAGGAGCAGGCCGUCAUCCAGCUGCGCAACGAGACCCAGGCACUCUCCUACCAUGCCGGCCGUGCCAUGGCCUCCUUCUGCCAGGGCAGCAUCGCCGUGGUCGGCCAUGCCCACCCGUCGCCCACCAGCAGCUCGGCGCUCGAGGCCUCGUCGCUGCUCUCGUGGCUCAAUCACCUCUUCUCGGCAGCGAACCGCAGGAACCACGAGGUGGCCCGACGCGCCCUGCGCUCGCUCCUGAUGCACAACAGCGCCAACGCAGCGCUGAUCGACAGCAUCGUCGAGAAGUGCAUCUCCGAGCCAGAUCGGUCGGGCGAGGGCAGAUCGUUCUUCGCCGUCGUCGCCGACACCGUUGUCGCCGAGGCGGACGUGUUUGCCGUGCCGCUUCACAAGGUGCUCUGCCUCGGACUGAUCAAGCUGAGCCACGCCGACUCCAGCGUGCGGCGAAAGGCGUUUCGCAUGCUGCAGCACGUGGCGACCAGCGGCAGCAACGCGGCGGCGUCGAUCGAGGCGUUCGAGGUGGGCGCGUCCAGCUCUCUGCCGGCCAUCCACCUGCGGGCGCAGCGCGACCUUUCGGAGCACCUGGCCGAGCUCUUCCCUGACCUCAGGACGGCCAUGCUGUCCGAGUUUGCUCGGAGGCUGCCCGACGUCGACGCGACGCGGAGCGCCAUCACCCUGGGCCUGUUACCGGAGUGGCUACGGGGCCUGGAGCUUGUCCCGCUCGGUUCCGAUACCGCUGUCCAGCGACCGGACCUCGCCUACCGCACAUACAUGAACCUGGCCAACCUCCUCUUCCUCACCGUCCGGUACGGCGAGGCCCACAGCUUCGAGCUGCAGGAUGCCUGGAGCAGCCUCGCCGGCGAUCCCGACCGCAAGCAGAAUGUCGACGCCGUGGUCCGCUUCCUCAUCGACCAGGGCCUGCACUUCCGCAACCCGGACUUUGUCGUCCACGCCAAGCGGGUCGUCUCCUGCCUCUCCCACACGGCGGUGGGUCGCCACCUGUUCGACGAGCUGUGCGCCCUCGUCGAGCCCGGCCGCAUGAUUCCCGUACCGCGCGACGAUCGCCCGCCGACGCCGACGGACGAGUACGGUGCCGGUGCGCUCUUCUGCGUCGAGCUCGACCGGCUCCUUCCCGAGCCAGCUCGCAAGCUGACCUUUUCGCCCGGUCAGCUUGCGCUAUUCCUGGUCGGCGAGAUGGCCUAUGAGCGCAAGGAGCAGCUGGCCGUAUACCUUCCCGCGCUGCUCCACGCCGCCAUGAUGCACGUCGACAGCUUUUCGACCUUUGUCCAGCAGCAGGCGAGCCAGAUACUCGAGCUGCUGCUGCGCUGCGUCGUAUCCACCUUCCCGGUCGCCGACGGCGGAGCCGCGCGCGUGCCCGCAUGCCGAUCCCAGGUUGAGGCACUCUUUUCGGACAAGGCGCGGCCCCGCUGGUCGCUCGACGACAGCGAGAACGAGCAGGUGGAGCGCUCCCGCAUGCCGGAGAACCUGUUGUCUACGGUGACAUCGACCCUGUCGAUCGUCGAGGCCUUCCUGCCCGAGUUCAGAGAGGAGUGGGGGGCCGUCGCGCUCCUCUGGGCCAUUUCCGGACCCGUGCGCCACAUGGCCUGCCGCUCCUUCCAGGCCUUCCGCGCCAUCCGGCCCAAGGUAACGCCCAGCAUGAUGGCUGAUAUGCUCGGGCGGCUGUCGGACACCAUCUCUGACCCCAGUCCUGACAUCCAGGCCUUCGCGCUCGAGAUCCUCUACACGCUCAACCUCGUUAUCCGCACGUCCGACGUCAUCCAGCAGGACUUCCUGGCCCAGAGCUGGUGGGCCACGCUCGCCUGCUUGUCGACGGUCAACGAGCACGAGUUCUCCGAGUCAAUCUCGAUGCUUGACAGUCUGCUGGACAAGCUCGACAUCGGCGACAGCGAGGUCGUGGCCAUGCUCAAGAUCAAGUGCCCCGAAGGCUGGGAGGGCGAGGCGGGCGGUGCCCAGUCGCUCGUCUUCCGCGGCCUCCGGUCCUCGGUGACGUCCAAGGCGUCAUUCAGGCUGCUCGCCAAGCUGGCCAAGUGCCGGGAUCCCAGCCUGAUCGACUACGAUGACACCUCGAGGCUGGGCUUCCUCUUCAUGGCCGCCCUGCCGUGGUUCCUGCAGGUCACCGACGACCACUUCGAGGAGACGUCAGGAGCGACCCAGGCGGCCAAACAGGAGCAGAGGAAGCAGGCUGGCAUCUCGCCGGCCCGGUCCGCGUCGGGCGCCGUCGGCGCUGGCGCCAGCUCAGGAGCCCCUGCGACGCCGACCAUCUCGCCGCUGACGAUCCUCGAAAAGCAGAUGAUCCUCGAGCUCGCCGCCGACCUGGCCCAGAUCGCCGAGCGGCUCGAGAUGAAGGAUCUGCAGCGGGUGGCCACGUCGAUUGCCAAGACGCGGUUCCGCACCAAGGACGACCUGGUGCGGCAAGCAGUCAACUGCAUCCGUUCGCGCUACAUGCCGGCGGCGAGCGCCGAAAUGGCGGUGCUGCUGCUGGGCAUCACGCUCAACCAGGCCGAGUGGCUGCGCAGACAGACGAUGCAGGUGCUCAAGAUCUUCUUCAAGGUGGUCGACACGCGCAACGACCCGGCAUUCAGCAGCCUCGGCUCGGAGCUCCUCAUGCCGCUGCUGCGGCUGCUGUCGACACCGCUCUCUGCCGAGGCGCUCGAGGUGCUCGACGAGCCCAUCUCGAUCCACGGCGGUCCGGCCGCCAACCAGAUCCUUCGAAUGAGCCUGCAGUGGGGCAACCAGCCGGGACGCAUGCGCGAGCAGGUGAGCGACGCGUCCAUCUUUGGCCCGCCCGAGGACAGCGGGUGGGCGGUGGCCUUGCCCCAGGACCUUACGACGCGCACCCGCAUCAACAUCCAGGCGGUGUUCAAGAUGUGCGAGCUCACGCUCGAUAUCGCGCCGAUGAGCUCGAACGUCAACUUUGUCGUCGAGGACGGCUAUGACCUCGUCGGCGCCGGGCAGGAUGCACAGGCUUUCGUGCUGCCGGAGGAUUCGCUCGGGCGCGGCGCUCCCAGCGUCGAGGACCUCGCCACGGGACCGGAGCUCAGCGAGAUCGUCAAUCAACUCCACGAUCUCUCCUCGUUCUUUGUCGAGGAGAAUCGCCGGCCAGCCCUGUCGAGCGGCUCGAUCCGCGACCGGAGGGGACGCCUGGGCUCGAUCGUAUCGGGUCUGGGGGGCGGCGGAGGGUCGCAGUCGCUGUCGCGGCAAUCGAGCCUGCGCAGCCUGCCAUACAAGCGCCACACCCCGCAGGACUCGGAGGCAAGCGCGCCGGACACUUCAAGGGGUUCGACAGCGGGAGAGGCCCCUGUCAGCCGGCCUCACGCCCAGAUUGCCAAGAUCCUCGCGCGAUCGGCCUUCGGAGGCAGGAUGAGCUUCUACGGCGGACGUCCUGGUUCCAUCUACCGGCGGACCGACCAGGCCCAGCCUCGGCAUGGAAAAGGUGCCACAUCCGUUGAUGCAGGUUUCAAGGGCGGUAUCGCUCCUGUGCGCAGCGCCAGCGAGCCUGUGCCCGUCUCACCGGAUCCGCCGGGCCCGUAUGAGGCGCCCGCGCGCAACGCGUCGAGCCAGACGGCUCUUCCGCAAAUGCUCGAGGAGCCGUUCGAGGCACAGCCACACGUGCUCGGCGGGUAUCCACCCGGCCUGGAAGUGUCGCCAACUUACUAUCAUGCCCAGCAUCCCGACGCAACGAUGGGCGACACCACUUACUCUACGACGAUCAACGGCGACCUGACCUACGACCUGACGGCGACAAACAGUGGGUCCCUCUCGUUCGGACUCGGGACGUCGCCAAGCGCCGAGCGGGCCGUCGACUACGGGAGUGGUCCCCACACCGAGAUGCCGAUGGCCGGCGCCAACGGCUUCGACCUGCGGCACGCGCACGCCGCACUGCAGGAGCUCGCCGCUGCCGGUCUGGGGGCGCCGUUUGAGGAAUCUCCCCGUCCCAAUCAACGCAGCAAGGGGCAGGACUCGGCCAGAACGUCGCCAACACGGCCAAAGACGCUGAUGCUGCGGCGACCGACCCAGGAGCUGCUCGCCGAACGGCUCGGGUCCGGGUUCGGCGUCAACCUCGCCAAGAACGACGCGGUGCCUGGCCAGGACUUCAACGUCGAGCUUCCCGGCCAGAACCGGCGCUCGCCUGACGACUACGCACGCUUCGACUCGAUCGCCAAGUCCUCGAUCAGCAACUUGAAGCACUCGGGCGGCGGCGGUGUCGGCUACUGA